UUGUUGAUCCAAAAAGCCACCUCCCCCCAACCCAAUCCCGUCGUCACUCUCUCACUCCACUGCCUCCGGAACACCCUAGCAAUGGAGCCCAACUCCAGCAUCCCUCCCCCGGUGAUGGGCGCGGCGGUGGCGUACCCUCCGGCGGCCGGCGCCGCGUACUCCGCCGGGCCGUACGCGCACGCGCACGCGGCGUUGGGCGCGCUGUACCCGCCUCCCCCGGCGCCGGGUCCCCCCUCCUCGCACCAGGGCGGCGCGGCGGCGGCGCAGCUGCAGCUGUUCUGGGCGGAGCAGUACCGCGAGAUCGAGGCGACGACGGACUUCAAGAACCACAACCUGCCGCUGGCCCGCAUCAAGAAGAUCAUGAAGGCGGACGAGGACGUGCGCAUGAUCGCCGCCGAGGCGCCGGUGGUGUUCGCCCGCGCCUGCGAGAUGUUCAUCCUGGAGCUGACCCACCGCGGCUGGGCGCACGCGGAGGAGAACAAGCGGCGCACGCUGCAGAAGUCGGACAUCGCGGCCGCCGUGGCGCGCACCGAGGUCUUCGACUUCCUCGUGGACAUCGUGCCGCGGGACGAGCCCAGGGACGCCGACCCCGCCGCCGCCGCCAUGGGGGCAGCAGCGCCCGGGAUCCCGCAGCACCCCGCCGCCGCCGACCCCACCACCAUGGGCUACUACUACGUCCAGCCGCAGUAACCGAUCUGCCCUGUUGGUAUUGGUACCCACGUUCUUGUUGUUGUUGCCCUUGCCAACCAAUAACUCUUAAGAUGGCGUUCCAUCGCCGCAUCUCGUUUCUGGUUUCGUAAUCAAGAGGGAGGCUUGUGUGAUGGUCAUGGCUCAUGCCAUGCUUAACAGAGUGUAAGGGGGUUUGCCUGUGGACUGUCGUAACUGGAGUAUUAAUCAGUGUAUUACUACUUACCCUGUCCAUGCAACUCCCAACUGCCUGUCUUGUUACUUUGUCAUGAACCUAUCUGUAUAAUGUCAUGCUGUUCUUUAGAUCUCUGGUAGGAUAGAGAAGCAGUGAUCUCAGGCUUGUUGGUGUCGCGCGCAAAUUUGAUCCAUUUUCUAUGUGUGUGUGUGUGUGUUUUUCCCCACUGGUGUGUAAUCAUGCUCCUCCUUGGAAUAGUUUCAGGGACCUAAUUAUGUCUGCUAAAUUUCCAGAACAUGAAUGCGUUUGUCGCCAAAAUUCCAGAUUAUGGCUGUAUAUCCUGUUUUCUCGUU